AUGCCUCAUAUUGAGAGCCUUGACCCGGAGACCAAAGAGCUUUGGCGACCCUCUGCUCCAGAGUCAACUCUGAUCUAUGACUUUAUGACCAAAGUCAACAAGAAGCAUGGCUUGUCCCUCAUGGAUUACCACUCCCUCUGGGACUGGAGUGUCUCUGAACCUGCUCACUUCUGGGAAGAGAUUUGGCGUUAUACGAAAAUCAUUGCCCAUCAGCCGUAUGACAAAGUACUAGACACAAAAGACGUGUUAUUCCCUAGACCUUCAUUCUUCGAGGGUAGCACUCUGAAUUUUACCGAGAAUCUUCUCUAUCCAGCUUGUGCGCCGGAUGAAAAUUCCGUGGCAGUCAUUGGUGCCACCGAGGCGGCCCGCGAGUUCAUCACGUGGAAAGACCUGCGAGAGCGAGUUCGUCUAUGUGCCAACGCGUUGAAAGAAGCAGGAAUUGUGACUGGGGAUCGUGUGGCCGGCUUUGUAGGCAACCAUGUCCACACGGUGGUGGCUAUGUUGGCCGCAGCCUCGAUUGGUGCCUAUUGGACUGGCGUGUCUCCAGACACCGGCGUACAUGCAGUUCUCGAGCGCUUGAAGCAGAUUCAGCCCAAGAUUCUGUUUGCCGACAAUGGCUCUCUCUAUAAUGGUAAGGUGCAUGGCUCUCACGCCAAGGUGUGGGAGAUUGUUUCCGAGCUGCCGGACCUAGAGCUAUUGGUGCUUCUAGUGACUGCUCCGGAAUUAGAGAUCAAUCUGAAUGACCUAAAGCCUGUCAAUGGGAAGUCAAUGGUGUAUGGUGACUUCACUGCGAAUGUGCAAAACCCACAAGCGCCCUUGGAGUUUGCAAGUUUGAAACCAGAGCAUCCCGUCUAUAUCCUGUACUCAUCUGGUACCACUGGUGCCCCCAAGCCGAUUGUUCAUGGGUCUUUGGGAACAUUGCUACAGCACAAAAAGGAGCAUCUUCUCCACUGCGAUAUUCGCCCUGGUGAUCGCCUCUUCUAUUUCACAACAACCACUUGGAUGAUGUGGCAUUGGCUAGUUUCCGGAUUAGCAAGUGGUGCGACAAUCGUUCUUUACGAUGGCUCACCAUUCCGGCCAUUUGAUGUUGAAGGCGGAAAAGGAGAAAUGGCAAUGCCUCGACUGAUUGAGGAGCUUCAGAUCUCACACUUUGGCACAUCUGCCAAAUACCUCUCUCUACUUGAGCAGGCUGCUUUGAACCCACGCAAGCACGCUCAUCGACCAGUCUCGCUCGAAUCAUUGAGAGCCAUUUUCAGUACCGGCUCCCCAUUGGCACCAUCAACUUUCGAGUAUAUCUAUUCUUCUAUCCAUCACGAUAUCAUGCUUGGCUCCAUCACCGGUGGCACUGAUAUCCUUUCUCUGUUCGCCUCUGGAUGUCCCAUUCUCCCUGUCUACAAAGGAGAGAUCCAGUGCCGUUCUUUGGGCAUGGAUAUUUCAGUUUUCGACUACGCAGGGAGAGACAUUAGUGCAACCGGUGAACCUGGUGAUCUCGUUUGCGUUACUCCCUUCCCUGCGCAACCGGUCAUGUUCUGGCCACCCGGAUCGGUAGGCUCGGAGAAGUAUCGAAAGAGCUACUUCGAUGUCUUUGGACCCAAGGUCUGGCACCACGGUGACUACGUGCGCUUGAACCCCCAAACUGGUGGUGUGGUGAUGCUAGGCCGCAGUGACGGCGUCCUAAAGCCUUCCGGUGUCCGAUUUGGCAGUGCUGAGAUCUACAACAUUCUCCUCAAGCAUUUUGCCGACGAGGUUGAAGACUCGCUGUGCAUUGGUCGUCGCAGAGAGGGCAUCGAUACUGAUGAGACUGUCGUUUUGUUUGUUCGUCUUCCUUCGGGCGAGUCUGAAAUGCCGUUGGGCCUUGCUGCUCGCAUUCAAGCUACUAUUCGGAAGGAACUGAGUCCCCGUCAUGUCCCUGGUGUUGUUGAUGCCUGCCCGGAGAUCCCUGUGACAUCCAAUGGCAAGAAGGUUGAAAAUGCUGUCAAGCAGAUUCUGUGUGGACUUAACAUUAAGAUUGGAGCGAGUGUUGCGAAUGCUUCUUGUCUAGAUUGGUACCGGAACUGGGUUUCGGAAAAUCCCUAA